AUGCAAGCGGAAACAGUCACCAAACAGGAGCCCGAGACUGAUUCCCCGGUUUCGAGUGCUAAUUUAUCGACUACAACGAGUGGCGCGAGUGGUAUGCUGUCUUCUGACCGAGCAGCCUUCAAAUUCGUUAUACUGACCAAGCAGUGACAGGCCGGCCCCAGACCAAUAGUAAAGCUGGCUCCGGCCAAAAUGGCGCAACCAAUGGCCAGUUUCCUCCGCCCAAGACAGACAAACCGCGACCCCACGUCUGCAAUACCUGCGGUCGGUCAUUCGCCCGAUUGGAGCACUUGAAACGACACGAACGAUCACAUACAAAAGAGAAGCCGUUUGAGUGUCCGGAGUGCUCAAGAUGCUUUGCGCGACGAGAUCUGUUGCUACGGCACCAGCAGAAGCUCCAUAUGACCAAUGCCACUACACGGCCUCGCCAAGGCCGACGAGAAAGUGUCAGUGGGGCGUCAAUCAAUGGCAAUGGCAGAGUGCGCAAGAACUCUGUAGCAAAUGCCAACGUGGGAGGCGCUGCAGGCAACAUAGCCCAAGGUCGACCAAGAGCCAACACAAUUAGCCAUGUCGACAUCUCGUCCCUAGGGUUAUUCAAUGGCAACCAUCCGAGCAUCAACCGCAUGAAUGCCCUAAACCUCAAUUUCGGCAACAAUAUGGCCAUGGCUGGUAUGCUGGGACCAGAAGGAUUCGAUUAUCGAGGCAUGUCGACGGCGAUGGGACACCACGGCAACAUUCAUGGCCUGCCAAAGCUGGACACUCACCACGUCACCAAUCUCGACAUGACGAAUUCUUUGCGCACUGCACCACCUCAGGCCAGCUUUGGAGGCUUUGACAUCGACCAACUGUUCACACCGCAUACCACAGUGAACCCGGCUGCGCUCCACUUUGGCGGAGCUGGUUCUAUACCAUCGUCGAACAUUCCCUUUGGCAUUGACCCCUCCUCCAAUCAGCACUUCUCAAUUGAUGAUGACUUCGGCUGGAUGCGUAAUUGGAACACGCAGAUGCAGAAUGGGGGCGAAAAUGAAAACGCCAUUGACGAGUCAUCGCCGUCGAGAAUGAGCAGUGGUGAUAGCCCAGGAGACUACGCAGACAGCAUGAACAAUAGCCAGGCUGCCAUCACCGUGCCUCAAAACUUCCAACAAUGGUCACAAUCGGACCUGCAAUCUCCGCACAGUGCAGUCAAUGGGACAUUCCAGCUGGAGGCGCUCAAUUCUGGACUCCCAAAUCUUGACGGUCCGAACGGCACGAUUUCUCCGUCUACGCUACAGGAUCCCACUCCUACUGGCGAUGCGUACUUCCAUCAUGCGAUGAUGCAGCAGAAUGCUGUUGGACAGCAUCACCAUCAGCCUUCACAUUCAGACAUCAUGCCGGGCCAGAACGGUGCUUUCUUUGGACAUCCGCUGUCGAAUUUCGAUUCAAACAGUCCCAGCAUCGCAUCCUCGUCAAUGAAUGGUAGCGCAAGACAGAGCUCCGUAACAUCCAUGUCGACCGAUUCGAUCACUGACUCCACACGGCAGGCGCUCCUCAAUAGCCUUUCGCAGCCUUCGUGUCUGGGCGGCCAUACCGUUCGGAAAUAUUCCCAACCCAGCGUGAGCUCACCACUUUCGCCUGGAGCAGCUAGGGGUAAUAUGCAGGGCCCCAACCUCCCCAGCGCCUCUGAUAUUCGAAGAUACAUCGAAGCAUUCUUGCAGUUUGCUCACCCACAUUUACCUAUCUGCCACAUCCCGACACUCUCAUUCGACGUCAUUGAAGCGAACAGCGGCCCACGAGGCACACCUCCGUCGAGCAACUCGGCUCAACAUGGAAACGCGGGAGGAGCUAGGUGUCUCAUCUUGGGUAUGGCAGCCAUUGGCGCACUGUACGAAUACGACCACCCAGCAUCAAAAGAGCUCUUCGAUGCGGCCAAGAAGAUGAUCAGCUUGUAUCUCGAAGAGCGGCGUCGAGCCGACAUAUCCGCAGCAGCGAACGGCUCCAAUACGGGUAGCGAAACGCCUUUGUGGCUGGUGCAGGCAAUGCUGCUCACAGUGAUCUAUGGGCAUCACUGUGGCGACAGACUCGCCGCUGACAUCGCGAGUAAUCACAUCGCAGCUUUGGUCAGCCUGGCGCGCGCAGCCAAUCUAGCACAACCUCCCACGAACGCAUCGCCCUCAGCGUCUGGAGAUGGCUCCGAAGAAGACCACAAACCGGAUGUUGAGAUGGGCGAGCCUAAUGGGACCAAUGCAAGCCCAACCGAAGAGACUGAUCUUCACGCACAAUGGAUGAAGUGGAAGACAGGCGAGGAGAGGAAACGCUGCCUUUUUGCGAUCUUCAUCCUGUCGAGCUUGUUGACCAUCGCCUACAAUCAGACACCGACCAUUAUGAAUUCAGAAAUUCUGCUGGAUCUUCCCUGCCAGGAGGAGCUGUACAAAGCGGAGAGCGCACAAGAGUGGCAGAGCCGUGGUGGUCAAGCUGCUGCUGAUGCAAGCUCCACGUCCUUCGCCAGCGCGUUGAGCACACUUCUGACUGCGAACCAACGUCAAGCGCACAACUUUGCGCCAAGCGCCUACAACAGCAGCAGUGGAAUGUCCGUGACGCCUUCCGGCGAGGACGAAUUGCGGCCGAGUACGUUCGGAUGUCUUGUCCUGAUCAACGCUCUUCACAACUAUAUUUGGGAGACAAGAAGUCGCCAUCGUGCCAGAGACUGGACGACACAAGAGACGGAGUCGAUGGUGGCGCACAUUGAGCCGGCCUUGAAUGCAUGGCAAGCAGCCUGGAAAGCCAACGAACACCACAAGCUUGAACGACCGAAUCCAUUUGGUCUUGGUCCCCUGUCGGCGGACAGCAUUCCGCUACUGGAUUUGGCAUUUGUUCGCUUGUACGUAAAUCUCGGACGCACGGCUGAGGCAUUCUGGAGACGCGAUUUUGACCAGAUGGCGAACGAACUUGCUGCAGGCAGGGAAACUCCGGGAUCUCCUCAAGAUGGCGCAGACCGCAAGCCUUUGAUCGCGGGCUUGGCCUCGGACUCUCCCGCACAUCAAAACGGCGCCGGGCAGCGCAGGGCAUCACAACUCCAGAUAUCCGAGCCGGCCUCGUCGAGGCGUGAGCGCCAUCUUCGCAAGGCGGCUUUCUACGCUGCAGACUCCAUGGCCAUCGCUUGCUCCUACAAUCUCACCUACGCUGAUGCGACCGCCCACGAGCUUCCGAUUCAGUCUGCAAUCUGCUUCCUUGAUUGCUGCCAAGUGUUGGCGGAAUGGUGUACGACUGUUCAGGAGCGGGCAGGGCGCUAUCUUGGGGUUCUUGGACGGGAUGCAAUCGACUACAGUCAAGUUCCCGCUAUCAUGCUGCUCGAGGCCGAAGAUGUGGAGCUUUUGCGAAAGAUUGAGCAGAUAUGCCACAACAUGGAGCAGAAGCGUCUUCAGCAGGAAAACCUUCUGUCGAUGGACAUGAACAACUUCAAUGCGACGAAUUCCAUGAUCAAUGGAGUGGAUCUCAGCUCCUGUGGCCUAGGAAGCAAGGCGCUGAGAGUGACGGCCAUGAUGUUGGAGAAGGCCGUCAUUUGGCCUAGUAAGUUUCCGUUGGCCUUUUGAAAUUGCACGAGACUGACAGAUUAUAGUCACGCACGUCAUGGCGAAAGCUCUCGAGACCGAAGCGUCGCAUAUGGACCGCCGCGCUGCAGCCUCCUGCACGCAAUGA